AUGCAGGUGUCAGAAUGCGUCAGCUCUGCACCCACCUGCACUGCACCCACCAACCUCGUCUCCCCCAUCUCCUUAUUCCCCCGUGUCCCCCGUAUCCUCAUCCUCUCGAAUGCUCUUCAGCUGGCCAGUGCCAUGUGCUACCACAUGCGUCUGUUCGGCAUGGCAUUGGACCGAUGGGACCUCAUGCACCAUGCUCCCAUCCUCGCCCACGCUGCUGCUGCUGCUGCUGCUGCUGCUGCUGCUGCUGCUGCUGCUGAAUCUGUCGCUGCUACAGCUGAAGCAACUGCAGCUAGAGAUGAAUCUGGUGCUGCUUCCGCUGGAUCGGCGGCAGCAGCAGCGGUUGCCACGACUGCAGCUGAUAUUGCUGGUGGUACCCAGCCCACGCCCAUCAGCACCGCUGUGCGCCCCUUUGGUGCGUUCUGGACCGCAUCCCACUACUGCCUCGUGCUGCCCUGCUUGGGGGAGGGAGGAGGGGACGAAAGAGGCAAAGGGGCAGCCGCAGACUUGCGAGAGGUCGAUGGGAGAGGGAAGGAUGGGAGAGGGACGAAUGCAAGCAAGGAAUGCGAAGGGGUGGAUGGAGAGGAGCAGGCGGGAGGGGCUAACGUGAGCAGGGGAGGCAAUGAUGGUAUGAUGAACAUGGGAGGUCACGAUAACAUGAGCAAGGGAGGUCAUGAUGGCAUGAGCAGGGGAGGGGAUGAUGAUGUGAUGAUCAUGUUGAUGCGGAGAAUUGACUGGGGGACGGUGGACAGGGUGGUGUCUCUGGGAGGCUGUAGUUCGGCCUUGAAAGGCUGCGCACGUGCUGCUUCUGGUGAUGCUGAUGGUGCUGGUGGUGAUGAGUUGACUUUUGAGUCGACUCAAAAGAGAAUUGACUGGGGGACGGUGGACAGGGUGGUGUCUCUGGGUGCGGCCUUGAAAGGGCGUGCAAGUGCUGCUUCUGGUGAUGCUGAUGGUGCUGGUGAUGGUGGUGGUGCUGCUGCUGCUGGUGAUGCUGCUGAUGGUGAUGGUGCUGCGGCUGCUGAAGCUGCGGAUGGUGAUACUGCUGCUGCUGCUGCUGCUGCUGAUGUCCCAAGCACCACUCAGGAUGUCCCUGCUACCACGCCUCUGCUCGUGUGUGCUCGUGGGCCUGUGGACGAACGGGAACUGCACGGCAUGGUGGCAUGUGCGGUGCACUCGCGUCUGCUGUACCAGUUAGUGGGGAGGGAUCCGGAAGGGAGGACAGCACGCAGUGAGUUCGUGGGGCCGCAUGGAGGCACUUUCCAACAGUACUUCCAGAAUCAGUACGGCAUAUCACUGCGCCAUCCCGACCAGCCACUGUUCGCUGCAUGCCAGCUGAAGCCAGAGCUGCGCAAUGCACUGCUGCUGCUGCAGAUCCCACCAGAAUUGGACACUUGGGAUCUCGUCAACAGGGCUGUCCAAUUAGGGCGAGAGGAGCAGAUGCCUGAACGUGCCAGCACUACAGUGGGGCCGGCUGUAGCAGAGAAGGCUGGAGCAAUGAAGGCUAUAGCAGACACAGCUGUAGCAGACAAGGUUUUGGCAGACGAGGCUGUUGAGGCUGUAGCAGACACAGCUGUAGCAGACAAGGUUUUGGCAGACGAGGCUGUUGAGGCUGUAGCAGACAAGGCUGGAACAGACACAGCUGUAGCAGACAAGGCUUUGGCAAAUGAGGCUGUAGCAGACACGGCUGUAGCCGAUGAGGCUCUAGCAGGCAUGGCUGCAGUAGACAAGACUACAGCAGAGAAGGAGCAGCAGCGGCAGCAGCAGCAACGCACAGCGCAGGAGGCAGAUAAGGGGCAGAAGCAGGAGCAGCAGCAGCAAGGCACGGGGCAGCAGCAGGAGCAAGGCACAGGGCAGGAGGAGGCAAAUAAGGAGCAGCAGCAGGGCAAGGAGAAGGCUAGGAGCCGGCAGAUGUCACACCUCCCAUUGGAGCUACUGGUACCGGUGCUGCCACUGCAGCACGUGCUCUUUGCCUCGCUGCUCCCCUCGCUGCUCUCCCGCCUUGACUGCCUGCUCACUGCCCGGGACAUCCGACGGUUCCUUGUGCGGCAGUAUGGGUGUGAGCGGCAGGGGCAGCAGGCACCGCGUUUUCCUGCUAUUGAUCUCCUGCCCGCCCUCGCCUGCCCAAGCACAACAGAGAGCGGCGUCGACACGUACGAGAGUGACGAGGUGACAGCUGUGUGCAGCUUGGUGCUCCCUUCCAUCCCUAUCCACCCACCAACUUGUCUCACUCUCCCUCCCUUCCUUUCCCCCCCGCACCGCAGCUCCUGCGUGCGCUCACCUGCCCCAGCACAACAGAGAGUGGCAUCGGCACGUACGAGAGCGACUAGGUGCUGUGCUGGGGGACAGCUGCGUGCAGCUUGGUGUUUCCUUCCAUUCUUGCGCCUCAGCCGUCCUUCUCCACCCACCAACACCCCACCCUCUCCCCCAUUUCCCCCUCAGCUCCUGCAAGCGCUCACCUGCCCGGGCACAACGGAGAGCGGCGUUGGGACGUACGAGAGUGACGAGGUGCUGGGAGACAGCUGCGUGCAGCUCGCCGCCUCCUGCCACCUGUUCGCUGCUGCUGGCUUGCCACCCCAGCCACAGCAUCGUGGGCAGGGGCAUGGAGAACGAAAGAGGAGUGUUUCAUACGAUGAAAGCACGGCCUCCCUGCCAACAUACGAUGACAUGAAGGGGCAGUGCGUGAAGCUAGUGUCAAACAAGCACCUUGCAGCGCUGGCAGUUAAAGCCGGAGUACCUGCUCUCGUUCGCUGCAAGCCCUUCAGACCAUCCGACUGGGUCGGCCCUCUCGUCCCUCCCUCCCACGCUGUGCUGCUUCUGGCUGACUCCCUCUCUCACGCUCUCUCACCCUCCCCUGCACACUCCCCUUCACGCUCCCCCUCACUCUCCCAGUCACAAGCAGCACCACCACCUCCUCCAUCACCCUCUCAAGCUACCGCAGUUUCUCAGAAUCUCCCUCCUGGCCCCAAAGCCCUUCUGGACUCCGCCUUCGCCUCGCUGGCAGCAGCGCAGGCAGCAGCAGCCGCCAAGUCAGCGCGCCAGCUGGGCAAGAAAACGCUUGCUGACGUGGCAGAGUCCUUGGUGGGCGCCAGCUGGCGGUGCGGCGGCGCUGACAUGGCGCUGCCGGUGCUGAGGUGGCUGGGCCUUCCUACGGAGGGUGUGGGGGAGUUGCUGAGGGGAGAGAUGACGUGGAAGGGGAAAGAGGCGGAAGGGCUGGUGGAGGGAGGGGUAUCGAGAGUUAUAGAAGAGCCAGAUGUGGCACUAGGAACGAAAGCCACGUGUAUGAAGAAGUGUUUUGAGACGUCUCAAAACACUUCUUCAUACACGUGGAAGGGGAAAGAGGCGGAAGGGCUGGUGGAGGGAGGGGUACCGAGAGUUGCUGAAGAGCCAGGUGUGGCACAUCUGGAGCAACGGGCACUAGGAAUGAAAGCAGCAGCGGCAGCUGGAGAAGAGGCAACAGUAGCAGUGGCAGCAAAAGUGGCGGCAUCGCGAGAAGCCGGGCAAAGGGUGAGUGGCAGCAAGCAUGCGUUGGAGUUACCUGGACAGCCGUCCCUGCUGCCGCUUCAGCCGCCAGAGAAACGCUUGAAAUUGCUCGAAGGGGAGUGCGUGCAGCAGCAUCAGGAGCAGGACCAGGAGCUGCAGAUCCACCAGCCCAGCUUUCUGGAACCUAGGCGCCACGUGGCAGCAGCUGGUUGGUUGUCGGAGCUGCAGGAUGCAAUGGGAUACCGGUUCAGGGAUGAGGGGAUUCUGAGGGAGGCGAUACGGGAGGGGGAGUUGAAGUGGGAGAGGCGGCUUGUGUUCCUGGGAGAAGCUGUGCUAGACUUUCUAGUCAUGCACCACAUGGUGCGAGCAACAUUUGGGGCGGCCCAUUCACCUGCUGCCACGUCACCGCAUGCCACGUCAUCACAUGCCGCCCGGCCGUCCCCGCACCAGCUGACGAACCUGCGCAAGGCCGUGAUCCACUCGGAGCGGUUCUGCCAGCUGGCGGCGUGCCGUGGGCUGCUGCGAUUGGUGCGCAAGAUACAGCGGGCGGCCAAGGCUGCUGCUGAUAGGGCUGCUUCUGAUAGGGCUGCUGAUUCGGCUGCAAGGGCUGCAGAGAGGAGUGUUGAGGAGGUGGGGAGGGUGUGGCAGAGGAAAGAGGAGGGGACGAAUGAAUGGGUACAUGCCAGUGGUUCUAGUCACAUGAAUGUUCACACGGAUUCCACUCACCUGGGUUCUGCUUCAGUAAAUCCCGCUCCCGUGGGCUCUCCUCCCACAGGCUCUGCUUCCAUGGGUUCUGCUCCCAUGAGCGCUUGUCUGAAUGGCCUAAGAAGUCAUUUGGAUGGCAUGGGGGUUCCCGAGGAUGAUGCUGAUGAUGAUGAUGAUGAUGGAGGGCAGAAGCCGUUUCCUAAGGACGUCUCUGAUCUCAUCAAGACCCUCACAGCAGCAGUCUUUCUUGACUCCACUCCUCCAAACACCGCUUCCACCGCACUCAACCCCCUCGCACCUCCCCCUCUCCAUCCCCCGUGCCCUCUCGCCCGCACGUGGCAUGCGCAGGGGGGCGGGGGAGGGGGGGAGCAGUGGGGGGGAAACUGGGGGGAGGGGUGGGGGGAGGAGUGUGGGGGAGAGUGGGGAAAAGGGGAGGAAAGGGAAGGGGAAGGGGAUGGGGCGUGGAAGCACGAGGAGAGUGGGAGGGACGGAGGGAUGGUGUGUGGGAGCAGUGUUGGGAGGAGAGGAGGGGAGAAGGGGGAGGAGGGGGAGAAGGGGGAGGAGGGGGAGGAGGGAGUGGAAAAUGGGCUGUUUGAAAAGGGCGUGGGGGGAAGAGGAGGCGGAGGAGGGGAGGGAGAGGAGGGUGUGGUAAUGGAAGUGGAGGUGAGAGGAGUGGUGCUGGGGGAGGGGUGGGGGGUGGAUGAUGUAGCAGCAACGGUGGAAGCAGCUUCUGGCGUGCUGAUGAGGGCCAAGGGAUUCCGGCAAUUGUACCAGGAGGCAGAGGGGGCGCGGGUGCUGGGGGCAAUGAGGGCCGCAUGGGAGGGGCAGACGGAGGAAGGAGAUGAGGGAGGGGAGGGGAAGGAGGCAGGAGCAGAAGGCAUUGCAGGGAUGGACGGAGAUCUGCCUGAGGGUGGCUUGAAGAUUGGAGGGAUCAGUGAUUGUAAUGGUGGGCAGAAGAAGGCAGGAGGGAAGAAGAGGAAGCGAGGGAAGUCUGGAAAGGGGGUGGUAGCAGAAGAAGCAGCAGCAGCCGCUGGAGAGUUGGCAAAACUAGGAGGGGAGAGUGAAAUAGGUUCGGCUGCUCCAGGUGCCCUGGUUGGGCCCCGAGGCUGUGAGCCAGGUCCGGCGGCUAUAUCCGCCCUGAAUCACACGUGCAUGGGGCGGCGUUGGACGGCAGUGUACAGCGAUAGAAUCAUAUCUCCACCCUCCAACACCGAGGCUACUGUAGGUGGUAAUGGAUCAGCACAAGGUAGGAGUACUGUUGGGUGCACCUCUGCUGCGCCUGCAGUGGCUGCUGCUGCUGCUGCUGCUGCUGAUGCUGCUGCUGCUGCGCCUGCAGUGGCUGCUGCUGCUGGGGAUGUGCCAUUGGAUGGUGGAUCUCGCAAUGGUGGUGUAAUCAACGGUGGUGAUUCAGCCGUUGGUGGCUCUACCAGUGCUGCUUGUGGUGGUGGUAGUGGGGAUGCGAGACCUGCUGGUGGUGACAGCUGUCAACCUGGUGGUGGGAACACUGGCGCUCCCAGGCUGGAGCGGCGAACAGAAGGGGAUAAGGAGGCGGAGGAGGAGUCUGAGGGAGUGAGAGGCGAGGUUUGGGAUGAGGGAGUGAGAGGAGGAGAUUCGGAGGAGGGGGUGAGAUGGGGAGAUGGUGAUGGAGCGAGAGGAGGGGGUUGGGAUGAGGGAGUGAGAGGAGGAGAUUCGGAGGAGGGGGUGAGAUGGGGAGAUCGUGAUGGAGCGAGAGGAGGGGGUUGGGAUGAGGGGGUGAGAGGAGGGGAUCGAGAUGAGGGAGCGAGAGGAAGGGAUAGAGGAGGGAGGCGUGACUUUAUAGUCAACCCGGAAGGAGGAUGA